AUGGAAGGUCGGAUGGAACCUUGCGUCGGCACCGUCGUGACGUGGUUCGUCUCUGCACGCCGCUGGACAGCCGGUGACGGGAUGGAUCUCCAAAUCGACAUCGCCUUGACGCGCCCACAUACGCCGUCGGAGACCGCGGCUUACGACGAAUUCGAGUCGCUCUCCACUACAAUCCGCAGUCGUGGUCCAAUAGUGGAGAUCGGCCGUGCCACAAAGGCAAAUGGCAGCCCACUUCAAGGUUUGCACUGCCAGCCCCACGAGGGGAAGGGCCUAGAAAAGGUGGCCUAA